AUGGAGCCUUCUCCUCUCACGCAGCAAUCUCGGCCUGAGGUGUUCCAGCAGAAGAUUGUGGAGCUAUACGAGGCUUUGUUCAAGGACGACGACGAAUCCAGCCAUGAGAAGUCAGAGGGUUUCUGGCGGGAGUUUUUUCUCUUGCGACCCGACAAGGCCACAUUGCGCAAAAUCCUAGAUACUUUGAGUCCGGGCGAUCUAUUACAGAUUCAGUCACAGACACGGCAAUUCUUUUUGCGCGCGGUGGCAUGUAUCAAAGCAGGAAGCGCUCCAGCUGAUGUUCAUGCUCUUGAUAGCUCCGACAUAAUAAAUGUAUUGGCGGGGUUAGACCAGGUGGAUGCCGUCUUCACGGAUUUUGUCGCAGCGCUGGACGUCACAAUAAGAACUGGAGCAGCAUUGGGCACCCGUCAAAAAGCCAUUGAUGUGGCACUCGCGCUUGUCUCUGGCGCACACUCGACGAGCCUUCUUUCAUAUUUUACACACCGCGAUCUUUUUCCUUCUCUUAUGAAAUUUAUUCAAGACUCUGAUACCACUUCGCACGCUUUGAAGCCCUUUAUUCUACUUGGCUUAUUGGCAAAUUACAACAAAUUCGAAUUCCAGAAUCCCUAUCGGUUACGACUGGACGAUUUCGUCAAUGAGGGAACCAUCCAAAAGAUAAUAAGAUCGGUUGGAUAUACAUGCACAGCUACCAGAGGGAAAUAUGUGGCAUUGCAAGAGGAUCUCCCUGAAGGGUGGUCUAUUAGCACGACAUUGAAUAUGAUUGGAUUGGGAGCGAUCGCCCCUGGUGCGAAAACAGCUACUCCAGUAAUCGAUCCAGAGUUGGCGAAGGAGAUGCUUGCGCAGCUACCCGGGAACGAAGCUGCCGUCCUUCUGGCUACGUACGAUUUCGCACAUGCGAACAAGCUAUUCUGUUUCAAUUUUGUGACUCUACCCGCAGAGAAAGGUCUGGAGGCUCCCAUUGGAAGCUUCGUCUCCGUCACCUCUUACUUCUUACAACACGCCCACGCUUCGCUAUGGACAGCCUUAUACUCCCAUCUCAACCUCAUCAUUCUGCGACUUUUAAUAGAAGACCAAGUGUUGUGCAAGAGGAUAUGCAGCGACGAAAGCAAAAUGUCGGUUAGACUUUGCCGGCAGAGGUCUCCUUAUCUGCCUUUUGUUCGAGGUGAUAGAAUGCUUGCGGCUAGUAUCCUGGAUACCAUGAUCGAUGGCAUCAAUCAUAAUUUAAGGCGACGUCUAGAUGUAGAUCUCUAUCGCCGUUGCGUAGGUAUCAUUCUACGACUCAUUUCCCAUCUCUCUCGAUCUCGGACGAGGCUCAAUUAUCACUGGUCGGAAUUAUUCAGGUCACUUUUAUCCCUCGUCCGUUUCCUUACUACCUACACUGAGGACCUGAAGAAUCUGAACAACAUCGACUCCCUUUUAGAUGAUCUAGUCAACCUCAUCGCGUUAUCUCUGUCUGCUGGUGAAGCGUUCCUUCCAAAUCCCGCUGCCUACGAUGACCUCUUUUACAAGCUUGUUGAAACCGGUGAGAUUCUGGUCAAAUUCCGCGAUAAUUAUGACCUUGGGAAGCGGCCCACCAGUUCCAUAGACACUCUGAUCAGCGUCACGACACAUUAUAAGCAACUCCUAGCAGAUGGAGCUCAAGGACGGAGAGGAAAGCACCUAACAAGCGCACAGGUUGCGGGGGUCAUCAAGCAGGGCUAUGAGACUUUGAGUAUCCAAGCCAAAGAAGGCUUGGACGGCUGGACCAAGUAUCGAGAAGCGGAUGAGAGAACUUUCUUGAAAAAGAUAGCCAGGGCAGCCGUCGAGGAUGUUAAGUCACUAGUAAAAGAAAGGUAA